GAGAGAGAGAGACUGCAAUACCCACCAGCACCUUCAAAAAUGACUGGAUCAGAUUACAGAAUCCAGUAACCUUAUCUUCAAAAAGUUCCAAAAUGACCAUGACUUCUCAAUAAUUCCCAGAAAAAAAAAAAACCAGAGAGAAAGAGAGAUGGCAACAAAUUUUCUCCCCACCGCAGCAAAUCCCAUUCUUUCGCCAUCAUCGUCAUCAUCUUCUUCCUCACCCUCUUCUUUGUUAGCAUAUGGUUACCCCUUAAAAUGCAAUUUCAAGAGGCAAACCAUUCUCUGCAAAUCAGUGAACCUCCCGGCGGUAUUACAUCGUCCUGUUGUCACCAAAAGAAUCCUAUCUCUCAGCUUCCUCACUAACUUCGUACUUUCACUUGCUGGUAAGGGAAGCUCUGACGCGAAUGCAGCUAUACUGGAGGCAGACGAUGAUGAGGAGCUCUUGGAAAAAGUGAAGAGGGACAGAAAGAAGAGACUUGAGAGGCAAGGUGUGAUCAGUUCAUCCACCAAAGAAAAAGAAUAUCUUCAGGAUCUGGUGUACAAUCUAAGCAAAGUUGGCCAAGCCAUUGAAAAUAAUGAUCUGGCAACCGCCGGUUCUGUUCUUGGGGGAAGCACUAAUACAGACUGGGUCCAAAAGGCCAAUGUAGCCUUUAACAAGCUGAGCUCCAGUCCCGAAGAGAAAGAUGAGGUGGAUAUAUUCAAUUCUUCACUAGCAUCUCUGAUUUCAGCAGUUGCCAAGAACGAUGUUGAGUCUUCCAAACUCGCCUUUGUGUCUUCGGCCAGUGCAUUUGAGAAGUGGACGUCCAUGACAGGACUGUUUGCCCAGCUUAAGGGACUCUGAAGGGAAAGAAGCCCGAGUUAUAUCUUCUCGCCUUUCUGGAAUGAAUAUUGAUAAAUCAUCCAAUCUUCCAUCCGAUAACCGCGAAUUGCAAUUUUGAGGCCAUAAUUUGAGAACUAAAGUGUUUGCUAUUGUUGUUCUAACUUCUAACAGUACAAAAAUACCCAUUUAAGGAAGCCAUCCCAGUUUCCAACA